UUAAGAGGCGGGGCGGGGGGCGGGGCUCCCCGCUCCUCCCCGGAGGCGACCGGGUCCCGCCGCCGAGUAGCCGCGGUCGCUGAAGCCGCGCGGGGUGGCGCAGUCGAGCGAGGCCGAGCUGACGCCGAGAGGGCCGAGCAGGAGUCCAGCCCCCAGUUGACCGCAGGCCGCCUUGCGCCGCCGGUUCCGCAGGCACCAUGAGCCAGGACACCGAGGUGGACUUGAAGGAGGUGGAGCUGAACGAGCUGGAGCCCGAGAAGCAGCCGAUGAACGCGGCGUCCGGGGCGGCCAUGGCGGUGGUCGUGGCCGGCGGCGCCGAGAAGAACGGUCUGGUGAAGCUCAAGGUGGCCGACGACGAGGCGGAGGCCGCGGCCGCGGCCAAGUUCACCGGCCUGUCCAAAGAGGAGCUGCUGAAGGUGGCGGGCAGCCCCGGCUGGGUGCGCACCCGCUGGGCGCUGCUGCUGCUCUUCUGGCUCGGCUGGCUCGGCAUGCUGGCGGGCGCCGUGGUCAUCAUCGUGCGGGCCCCGCGCUGCCGCGAGCUGCCCGCGCAGAGCUGGUGGCACAAGGGUGCCCUCUACCGCGUCGGCGACCUUCAGGCCUUCCAGGGCCCCCGGGGGGGGGGCCUAGUGGGCCUAAAGGGGCAUCUGGAUUACCUGAGCACUCUGAAGGUGAAGGGCUUUGUGCUGGGCCCAAUUCACAGGAACCAGAAGGAUGACCUGUCUGGGACCAACUUGGAACAGAUCGACCCCACUUUCGGCUCCAAGGAAGAUUUUGACAAUCUCUUGCAGUCGGCCAAGAAAAAGAGCAUCCGGGUCAUUCUGGACCUCACUCCCAACUACAGGGGCCAGGACUCAUGGUUCCUCCCCACAGAGAUUGACGCUGUGGCUGCCAAGAUGAAGUUUGCUCUGAGUUUUUGGCUGCGGGCUGGUGUGGAUGGGUUCCAGGUUCGGAACGUGGAGAAUCUGACGGAUGCAUCUUUGUUCUUGGCUGAAUGGCAGAACGUCACCAAGAGCUUCAGUGAAGAUAGGCUCUUGAUUGCGGGGACUGAGUCCUCUGACCUUCAGCAGAUCCUGAGCCUACUUGGCUCCACCAAAGACCUGUUGUUGACUAGCUCAUACUUGUCGAGCCCUGAUAUCACUGGGAGGCAUACAGAAUUCCUAGUGACCCAGUAUUUGAAUGCCACUGACAAUCGCUGGUGCAGCUGGAGUUUGUCUCAGGCGGGAUUCCUGACUUCCUUCGUGCCGGCUCAUCUCCUCCGCCUCUACCAACUGCUCCUCUUCACCCUGCCCGGAACCCCAGUUUUCAGCUAUGGAGACGAGAUUGGCUUGGAGGCAGCUGCCCUGCCUGGCCAGCCUGCGCAGGCUCCGUUCAUGCUCUGGGAUGAAUCCAGCUUCCCCAACGCCUCAGGACCUGGAAGUAGCAACAUGAGUGUGAAGAGCCAGAAUGAAGACCCACGUUCCCUCCUUUCCCUGUUCCGGAGGCUGAGUGAUCAGCGAGGCAAGGAACGCUCCCUACUGCACGGAGAUUUCCAUGCACUCUCUUCGGGGCCUGACAUCUUCGCCUACAUCCGCCAGUGGGACCAGAAUGAGCGUUUCCUGAUAGUGCUCAACUUUGGGGAUGUAGGCCAGCCUGCCAAGUUGGGGGUUUCGGGUCUGCCGGCCGCAGCCAGCCUACCAGCCAAAGUCAACCUGCUGCUCAGCACCCAUCUGGGCCAUGAGGAGGAUGCUUCUCUUGAGCUAGAGCAUCUAAACCUGGAGCCCCAUGAGGGCCUGUUGCUCCGCUUUCCCUACGUGGCCUGACAGGACACACUAUUCCUCCCUUCCUCUGGCCUUUUGGGUCCUGGUUUCUUUUCUUUUCUUUUCUUUUCUUUUCUUUUCUUUUCUUUUCUUUUCUUUUCUUUUCUUUUCUUUCUUUUCUUUUCUUUCUUUUCUUUUCUUUCUUUUUUUUCUUUUCUUUUCUUUCUUUUUUCUUUCUUUUCUUUCUUUUUUCUUUUCUUUUUUUCUUCUUCCUUUCCUUUCCUUUCCUUUCCUUUCCUUUCCUUUCCUUUCCUUUCCUUUCCUUUCCUUUCCUUUCCUUUCCUUUCCUUUCCUUUCCUUUCCUUUCCUUUCCUUUCCUUUCCUUUCCUUUCCUUUCCUUUCCUUUCCUUUCCUUCCUCCCUCCCUCCCUCCCUCCCUUCCUCUUCUGUCACAGAUUACAGAUGAAACCCCAGAUAAGGUAUAUUCUGGCUUCAAAUAAAAGUCACUCCUGGGGAACCCUGGGUGGUGGCUCAGCGGUUUAGCCCUGCCUUCUGCCCAGGGCACAAUCCUGGAGACCGGGAUUGGAUCCUACGUUGGGCUCCCGGCAUGGAGCCUGCUUCUCCCUCUGCCUGUGUCUCUGCCUCUCUCUCUCUCUCUCUCUCUCUCUCUCUCUCUCUCUUUCUCUCAUGAAUAAAUAAAAUGUUAAAAAAAAAAAAAG